AUGUUCCAUGGAUUGCCAAGUGAAGACCCCAUUGACCACCUUGAUGAGUUUGAUAGGCUUUGUGAUUUGACAAAGAUCAAUGGUGUCUCUGAAGAUGCCAUCAAGCUGAGACUCUUUCCUAUGUCUCUAGCUGACAAAGCUCACCAAUGGGAGAAGAGCUUGCCCCAUGGCACAAUCACCACUUGGGAUGAAUGCAAGAAGGCCUUUCUUGCUAAGUUUUUCUCCACCGGUCGCACAGCCAAGCUUAGAGGAGAGAUAUCCAGCUUCAUCCAGCGAAACAAUGAGACAUUCGCAGAGGCUUGGGAGAGGUUCAAAGGCUACACAAGUCAGUGCCCACACCAUGGAUUCAACAAUGAAUCACUACUCUCCACUCUUUAUAGAGGAUGCUUGCCUAGGUAUAGGGAGAUGCUAGACACAGCUAGCAAUGGGAACUUCCUCAACCAGGAUGUAGAUGAUGGCUGGCAACUUGUGGAGAACAUGGCCAUAUCAACAGAAGCUAUGGAGAGCAGUAUGAAAGUACAGACUGGAGCUCGACCGCGCACUCGAUCGAGCUGGACGCUCAGAUGA